AUGAAGAGUGCAUACCGACUGCUACAGCAGGAUUCUGGUGUGCAUGUUGCUGUUGAAGAUCAGAAUUUGGAAAUUUCUCCGAAAGUGCAGCAUUUUCUGUGGCGUGUUUUAGUUUGGUGCCUCCCAACAAAAGUUCAACUGAGCACCAAAAAGGUUAAUGUCGAUUUGUAUUGUCCAUUUUGCAACUUGGCGGUGGAAACUAUUAGUCAUGCCUUGCUCGAAUGCCGGUUUGCGAGAAGCUGCUGGUGUGUCUCUAUUGUCCCUGCUAGUGUGGAUAGUGUUGGCUUCAACAGAUGGCUUUCUGGUCUAACCGUGCAUCACUCUGCUGCUGAUGUCAAAGAAGCAGCUUGUAUCAGUUGGAAGAUAUGGUCUGUUCGUAAUGAGCUACUUUGGAAUAAAAAAACUUGUUCUGCUAUUGAUGUGGUCCGAUCGGCUAGGAUAGUGCUUGACCAAUAUUGUACUGCUCGAUCUCAAAAGACGGGGGCAUUGUUAAUUGAUGAUAUUAAUAAUGUAGACGAGCGGUGGAAGAAACCAAAUUCACAUAUGGUCAAGAUUAAUGUCGACGGGGCUAUUUUUCAGGAACAAAACAAGUUUGGCUUUGGGUGUGUGGCCCGUGACACGAAUGGAAUUCUCCUUGAAGCUAUUUCUGCAUCUCGGUUUGGGGUGGUUAAGCCCGAAAUUGCCGAGACCAUUGGGAUUAAGGAGGCCUUAAUUUGGAUUACUUGUUGGUGA